GAGAGAGAGAGAGAGAGAAAUGAGUGAGGUAUAUUUGGCGAUAUUUUCCAUGGCGGACUUGUGCCUCGCUCCGAUAGAAACGUUGGUAACUCUUUUCACUAUAAAAUAUUGCGAGUCUUUAAUUGGUAUCAAGCUAAUACCGAGCAAGCAGGACUUGACCGAGCGGGCGUACGCGAUAGAUCUCACGAAUUUCGCUUACGAGAUUGUGAAUGUUAAUGAAAUACCGUAUUAUGCGAGCUCGUGCGAAUUACCGAAUGUCACCGUAAACGAGAGCAGCUGCAUGGCUGGUUUGUGUACAGUAUUAAGGCAGAUUGUAAAGAGUUCGAGUACAGAAUGUUCAACGCACGACUGUACCAAGUUAUUAGGCUUCAAGGGUUCCUGCCUGAUGGCUUGCUCCGAGGCGAGCGUGUGGACUAAGUUCUGCGAGAUAGAUUUAAUUCUUACUCUAAAGUCUUUAGACCUGAAGGAUUUAGAGAGAUCCGAACUGCCCGUUAGCUUAGCCAGAUUCGAAUGCCACAUGUCUCAGCCGGUUAAAUUGCACAAUUUGUACAAGUACACGAUGUGCAAGAAGUUCGCCGCGCUCGAUAUAUCUAGGCGGGAUGAGACAGGUCUGCCGGAACAUGCGUACGCGGAGGGCGCGUGUGUCACGUUAUCCGACAUAAUUAUAUUUGUGUGUAUGCACAUCCUGUUAAACGCAUUUUCGAGCCACACGAUAUCAAAGCUGGUGCCCUUGACAGUUAAGUGGUACGACAGAAUGUUGGAGGAUCAGUUUAUAACAAAAUGCCUAAGUUGUCUACCUUCGUCGAAGAGUCGUAAUUCGGACGUACUCCAGUACACACUUCCAGUUGUAGUGAACGAGAGCCUGUACAAGAGCGAUCCUAAACGGUACAAGCCGAGGAGCCGGAUUUACACGAGGCAAGAGGACAUAGAGCAUUCGUUGCGGCUGAUCGAGGACAUGAAGAUCACAGUGCAGCUUGACGUCGAACCGUUCGGCGUGGGAGUGAACCUCGACUGGUCCGACGUCCCUUUCGACGCCACGCCGGAGGGCGGUCUGUUGCCGCUCGCGCGGCUGCGGCGGAAGCAGGAGCAGCUGCAGAACCUGUGCAAACCCGUUCUGAAAUUGGCGAAGGCCGGAGACACCAUUGUAGAUUUCUGCUCGGGCAGCGGCCACUUGGGGAUACUGAUAGCGUAUUUCCUGCCACGCUGCACGGUUAUUCUGCUGGAGAACAAGGAGGAGUCGCUGAACCGGGCCAAGGAGAGGGUGCGCAGGCUGAAGUUGACGAACGUGAAGUUUUGCCAGUGCAACUUGGAUUACUUCAAGGGGGACUUCGACAUCGGCACGUCGUUGCACGCCUGCGGCUUAGCGACCGACCUGGUGAUUCAGCGUUGCAUACGGAAGAACGCGAUUUUCGUGAGCUGCCCCUGCUGCUACGGCUCGCUGCAGGACUGCCAUCAGCUAACGUAUCCGCGAAGCGAUGUAUUCAGGGGACGUGUCAACAACAAAGAAUACUCAUACCUGAGUCAUGCGGCGGAUCAAACGCAUGACGAACUGAACGUUAAGACUAAACAAGGCUACAGAUGUAUGGCAAUUAUAGACACGGACAGAAAGCUGUUCGCCGAACAGUUUGGGUACAAAGUUUAUCUCGCUAAAUUAAUUCCAGAAACGUGUACACUUAAGAAUCAUUUAUUAGUUGGUCUACCAAAGGAUAAGUUAACACAUGGCGAUUCAUGUGACAAUUAAUUGCGUCCGCUGAAUGACUUUUGCAAAUAAAUUUAUAUUGAGAACAUUA